GGCUCUUCCCUCCAGCAGCGACACCGCUCUUAUUUCCUCCCGUCUCUGCAACACUGCCAUGCCACAGCUGCAGCAGUAGCUACUCUUCCCCCAUCUGCACCACCCUGACGUGGGGAGAGCCCUGUUACCUCGUGGAUUCUUCCUCCUCUUCUCCCCCCGAGCAAACUGCAGCAGCGGGUUUUGUGUUUACUUGUCGGACAUGCCGAACAUCGUGCUUUUUAGCGGGAGCUCGCACCACGACCUGUCCCAGAAAGUAGCCGACCGGCUGGGACUGGACCUGGGGAAGGUGAUCACCAAGAAGUUCAGCAACCAGGAGACAUGUGUGGAAAUCGGAGAAAGCGUGCGUGGCGAGGAUGUGUACAUUGUCCAGAGCGGCUGCGGCGAAAUUAACGAUAAUCUUAUGGAGCUGCUAAUUAUGAUAAACGCCUGCAAGAUCGCCUCCUCAUCCCGAGUUACGGCCGUGAUUCCCUGCUUCCCCUACGCUCGCCAGGACAAGAAGGACAAGAGUCGAGCGCCGAUUUCCGCCAAGCUGGUGGCCAACAUGCUGUCUGUGGCCGGAGCCGACCACAUCAUCACCAUGGACCUCCACGCUUCCCAGAUCCAGGGCUUUUUCGACAUUGCAGUCGACAACUUGUACGCCGAGCCGGCGGUUUUACAGUGGAUCAAAGAGAAUAUUCCUGAGUGGAAGAACUGUAUCAUUGUGUCUCCAGACGCUGGUGGAGCAAAACGUGUGACGUCCAUCGCCGACCGCCUGAACGUGGACUUCGCCCUCAUCCACAAAGAGAGGAAGAAGGCCAACGAAGUGGACCGCAUGGUGCUGGUGGGCGACGUCAAGGACCGCGUGGCCAUCCUGGUGGACGACAUGGCCGACACGUGCGGCACCAUCUGCCACGCUGCCGACAAGUUAAUCGAUGCUGGGGCUGUAAAGGUCUACGCCAUCCUCACGCACGGCAUAUUCUCAGGUCCAGCCAUCUCUCGCAUCAACAACGCCCCGUUUGAGGCCGUGGUGGUGACCAACACCAUCCCCCAGGAGGAGAAGAUGAAGGCGUGCCCAAAGAUACAGGUCAUCGACAUCUCCAUGAUCCUGGCAGAAGCCAUCAGGAGAACCCACAACGGGGAGUCUGUGUCGUACCUCUUCAGCCACGUCCCUCUGUGAAGACGAGCCCGCCCGCCCUCCCUCACGCACACCCACCUGUGCACCAACACGUCCUGCACAACGGCUCAAUACCACGCCUGAUGGGUUUAGACCUGCUAAACGUGACUUUAAAAAAAUAAGAAGUCGCCUCCACACCUCGUCAGUGACAUUUUCAUCCAGCAGAAGACCAAGUUUAUAUUUAUGACUGCAUGUUUUGGGGAUUUUUUUUAUUUUUUUUCUCCUAUUAUUCCUCAUUCAGUUGUAGCCUGACCCCCCCCCCCCCGCACCGAUGGCCCGGCCGUCUCUUCUGGUCCAUUUAUAUCACUUCAUCUUAUUUGUACCUCAUUUUUAAUUCACUGUGAAUGAAGCGUUCCAGUCUGGCAUGUGAUGCAAGAGUUUUCCUGCUGCAGAAUAAAAAACAAAAAGUAUAAAUCAGCCCCCGCCCACCAGUGUUCUAACAGAAAGUAUUAUAAUGAAGCCUUUAACUCACUAACAGUUCGGCAUGAGUAAAUAAAAUUACUGACACUUAUUUUAUUUUAUAAUUGUGUUCACGUAACUGGAAGUUCUUUAAUCAUUAAUUUACGCGUAGAUGCAUCUUCUACGGCGUCAUUUAUUUAAAGAAGUUGCUGUUGCAAGUUCUCCCACCAGCCCAGUUAUUCAGUUAAUACUCAUAAAUUGUGCUAAAAUUUCUUAAAACUAAUACGAGGUGUAGUGGGUGCUUCGCCUGCGCUCUGUAAAGGUCAUGAAAAGUGAUUUUAGGCCAAAGUUGUUGUUUUUCUUAUCUUUUUUUUUUUUUCUUUUUUUUUUUUUUUUAAUAUUCCAGCCAUGAUUUGUUGUAACAUGGUGUUACUGUGGCUUAAAAAGUUAAAUGGAAAAGAUAUAUGAUCUGACAUGAUUUUUUUUUCUUUCUUAAAUAAGGAACACAUUAAAAAAAAUGUGUCUUUGGUAAUAAUAAAGUUUGAAAGUCG